UAUUGAAAAUAAAAUGAAGUGUGUAAUUGAAGGCAAUGGCAUUAAAGUCUUUGGAAAAGCAGUUCAUGCUCUGUCAAGAAUUGGUGAUGAAAUAUGGUUGGAUCCACUGGAGAAAGGGUUGGCUGUAAGGACAGUAAACUCAUCUCAGUCGGCUUAUGCCUGUUUCUGCUUCACUCCUCUGUUCUUCCAGCAAUAUAUUCCUGAUCCAGACAUUCAGAAAGACUGUGAAGCAGUAAAAUGCAAGUUAAACCUGAAGUGUGUGCUUCCCCUGUUCCGCUGUGCAUCAUGGAGAGAGCGCAGUGUGGACAAAUGUGAGAUAUCCAUCAACAUCCCAAACAGCAGGGUGAUAUUUCAGUUUCACUGCAGACACGGAAUAACAAAGACCUAUAAUUUGGGGUAUCAGGAAUGCGAAGCUUUGCAGGCCGUGUUCCCAGCUCACCUCAGUCCUAAUAUCCUAAUGGCCCAGUCCAAACUUUUAGGUGACAUUGUGGUGCAUUUCCCGGUUUCACAAGAAGAGGUCACUCUUUCCAUUUCCUCUUUUAAAGUAACCUUGAAGACCUUUUGUGAGGAAGAAAAUAACUGUAUCAAAGGCAUGAACACCGAGCUGAUGCUGCACCCAGAUGAGUUUGACUAUUUUCAGGUUGGAGAGGAUUCAGCCGUGACCUUCUGCCUCAAAGAACUGAGGGGGCUGCUGUCCUUUGCCGAGUCUUAUGGUCUACCAGUGUCUAGUCAGUUUGGUGUGGCUGGACAGCCCGUAUCCUUCACUGUAAAAGACAUGACGCUGGAGGCCCAUGUUGUGUUGUCCACCUUAACUGAUCCAAACCACGAGAGCCCAUCUCAACCUGCACCUGGGGAUGACUGUCCUGUCAACGUCCCCAAGACCUCCACAGCAGAAGUCUCCACAUGUGAAGGCCCUAUGGAGACAGAGGUGUGCGUCGCUGAUGGGGAACAGGUGGCUUCCAGUCAGGGCAGUGAAGUUUUUAAUCCAACCCUUCAAAUGAGGAAGAUGAUUCAGCUUCAGACACCUGGAGAGAUGCUGCCAAGACCCAGACUGGCACCUGAAUCGGCCUUGACUACACCAGUAACACCAGCCACUUUUAAGAUCCGCUCGCUGCUCUUCGGGGCUGUAUACACUGAUGUAGUGGACAGUAAAACUGCAGAUUUACCCAGCCUGGCCUGUGCCAGUGACACAGAGGAGGACGGAGGAACAGAGGAGUGACUCGGGUAACAACAUAAGCUAACCUGAUGCAGGUAACACCUACUGCAAGAAUGCAUGGACUUUACAGCAUGAUGUAGCCUACAGUAAUUCAGUAGAUAAUAAAGACAACCCACAGUGUGUUAACACAGUUCUGCUGUUUAGAUUGUUUUAAGGUUACUAUGUUUUGAAUUUGACGUUUUCCUUAAAUAUUGCUGUCAAGGCCAUCGCUAGGUCUUGUUAGGGCACAUCUUGUAUUACUUUACUAAUGUAAGAAAGGUGAAAACUAGCGGUUUGCUUCUGUUUCUGUUCUUACACAAACAUCUUUGUAAUGUAAAAACUUUUUUCAUGAGUUAAAACUGUUCUUGAAGAGAUGAAAGGAAAACUAUAAGACAGUAGUAAAGUAGGGCAAGUGGGGCACAAUCACUUUCUGUUGCAAAGCUGAGGAAUGCCUACCUAAACACAGUUCAGAUGACUUCGGUCACCAUGGAGAAUAUAAAUCAAAACUUCAAAACAAACACAUUCUCGAGGAUUGAAGGACUCCAUGUUCUGUGUGUCCACCGAUGAGUCAGAGGAAGCUUUGACUCACUGCUUUAAAAUGCUGCUCGAGAAACGAUCGUUAUAUAAGACUGCAGCAAUAACUGCUAUUGUAUACAUACC